UCGGUGGGAGUAAAAGGGUAAAGCGGGUUUCGGAUGGCGUAAACCUCGGGCGCCCCGAGUCCGUGGCAUGGAAAUGACGAGAAUGCCACUCGGGCACCACACGCCACUUCGGCGCUGCGAGCGACGGUAACAAAACGCGAGCGCGACCCCACCUCCUGUGGCCUCAAAACCUUCUCUGCCUUUUCUCUCUCUCUCUCUCUCUGCCGCUCGUCGACUCGGCCGCCGCCGCCGCCUCUCCGAGCAGCGCCGCCGCGGCUGGUGAAGACAAGCAGGGCCAUGGCGGCGACGGCAGAUCCGCGGGCGAAGCCGCCCGCGGCGACGUCGACGCACCACCUCGAGCCGUGGGGGCAGCCGCCGCCGCCGCCGCCAACUCCCGCGCACCGCUUGCCGCCGACGGUGCUCCCGGUGGUAGCGUUACCGGCGGGUGGGGACGCCGCCACGCGCGAUCGUCGACGCUCGUCGUCUCACCGUAGGGGCGGCGGCGGCGGCGCCGCCGCCGCCGCCGCCGCCGUGCAGGUCGUCGUCGGCGAGGAUCCCUUCGACGGUGGGAUCGAGGAGCUCCGGGUUAAGCUCAUGGGCCACCUACGAGACGCCGCCGACCGUCUCCGCGUGCCCCAGCCUAGCCCCCCACCCCCGCCGCCUCCGCCGCCGCCGCCGCCGACGACGACGACGAAGCCCGAGAGCCUACCCGCGGAGGCGGACUCGGAGCCCGAGCUCAAGGCGCCGCCUCCGCCUCCGCCUCCGCCUCCACUUCUCCCCAUGGCGCAGCCGCAAGCCGACGGUGCAGCGAGGCCGUGGAACCUUCGGCAGCGGACGCGGCGGCGCCCAGCCGCCUCCAUGUCGUGGGCGGCGGCGGCGGCGGUGCCGGUGCCGUCGUCGUCGCGGCGCCGGAAGCGCGCGCCGUUCUCGGUGGCGCUCACGCCGGAGGAGAUCGAGGAGGACAUCUACGCGCUGACCGGCUCACGGCCGCGGCGGCGGCCGAGGAAGCGGCCGCGCGUCGUACAGCGGCAGCUCGAUUCGCUGUUCCCUGGGUUGUGGCUGACGGAGGUCACCGCCGACGCGUACCGAGUGCCGGACGAGUAGCCGCCGCUUGCUCCGGCACGACGGCGGCGGCCGCCGCCGCCGCCAAGAUCCUCCAAACUUUGAAGACCCCACCUACCUCACCUCACCACCACAUCGCGGCUCAAGAUCGAGCCGCGCCCGGAUUUAUAACUGCUAGGACUACUCUGUCGCGUCGAGCCGGUAGGUGCUCGUGCUUUUGUCAUGUCUCAACUUCAGUUUUUUUUUUCUUCUUCCUUCUUCUUCUUCGCUUCAGCAUAUGUUGUUUUCUUUUCUCUUCUUUUUGUUUUUUUUUUGUACAGCGGUGUGCUUGUUGUAAUCCAUCUGCUAAUUCAUCCUAGUACCUGUACUUCUUCUCA